AUGACUCGUCCUCCGUUGGAACAGAACCGGUCGAUGGCGAUCCUCAACGCCGCGCGGGCGGGCGGUUACGCCGUGGCCGGCAUGUGCUGCUACAACAUCGAGUCGGUGAUGGCGACAGUGCGGGCGGCCGAAGCGACGCGAUCACCGGCCAUGGUGUUGCUGUUUCCGUGGGCGAUCGAGUAUGCGGGCGAGGCGUUGGUGCGAGCUGCCGCGACGGCGGCCCACGGUGCCUCAGUGCCGAUCGCGCUGCACCUAGACCACGCGCAGACGCCGGAGCUGGUCCGCCGGGCGGCCGACAUCCCGGACGGCUUCGACAGCAUCAUGUGCGAUAUGAGCCACUACGAUCGCGACGAGAACCUGUCGAAGACGCACGAGCUGGUCGCCUACUGUCAUGCGCGCGGCAUCGCUGCUGAGGCCGAGCCCGGCCGCAUCGAGGGCGGCGAGGACGGCGUGGCCGAGACGGCCGAUCUCGAGGCUGUUCUCACGACGCCUGAGCAGGCUGAAGAGUUUGUCGCGACCGGCAUCGAGAUGCUCGCGCCUGCUUUUGGCAACGUCCACGGCGAAUACGGCCCGCGCGGCAUCCGCCUCGAGCUCGACCGUCUCGAGGCUGUCUAUCGCGCCGUCGGCGAUCGCGUUCGCCUCGUCCUCCACGGCGCGGACCCCUUCACACCCGACAUCUUCGCCGCCUGCAUCGCCCGCGGCGUCGCUCGCGUCAACAUCAACAAGGGCAUGAACCGCCACUAUGCCGACGUCCAGCAUGAGAUGCACGGCCGCCUCCUCACCUCCGUCAUCGAGGCUGGCACCCGCCGCAUGCAGGACGCUAUCGAACAGUAUAUGCACUGGUUCGGAAGCGCGGGGAAGGCGUAG